AUGGCCGAAGACGACCCUCCCUCUGCUGGGGGCUCGAUCGUCCCGAGCCCCUUCAACUUUCAGACGCAGGUCAUCUCGACCUCGCCUGUCAAGUCGAACAUUGGCCAGCGUCGCGGCCAUCGAUACAAGCACAGUUCCAUUUCUACCCAGCAUCAAAUCUUUCAGGAGCCUCCCCAACGACCGCCGCCUGUUCUACCAGCCUCCCUCCCUGUGCCCACCGUCCGAGAAGCAUGGAAGAGUAUGUCAAAGGACCAGCGCGUCCGGCUCUACUGGAGCUUGUGCCACUUGGCAGUCGCGACUUGGCUCUUUUUCAUUUCCGAGGGCUCCGUUGCCAUGAUGGCACUCUCCCAUCUAGUCUUCUUCGACGCCGGCAGCGCAGCGGUAUGCGUAGCCGUCGAUGUUCUGGGCAACUUCGAGGUUUGGCGUCGUAGCAGUAUCCGUCAUCCGUUUGGUCUCGAAAGAGCUGAGGUUCUCGCCGGCUUCGCCAUGUCCAUAUUCCUACUCUUUGGCGGCUUCGACCUUGUGUCGCAUAACCUCAAGCACUGGCUAGAGACAAAAGGUGGACAUGAGCCGCACCACGAACAUGCCCACGAGCGUGUCUCGGCCGGAGAAGUGGACUGGGCUGCGUUCGCGGCCAUCACAAGCACAGUCAUUUCAGCGUACGGUCUGAAGAACCAUGCACGCAUUGCUAGAAUCAUGCGUGUGUCGUGGCUUGCCAAGCUACCUACCCACUUCUCUAACAUCUUCCACUUCUUGACGGUCUUUUUCUCAAGUCUACUGCUCUUGUUGCCCCUUCUGUCCAUCAAGAGCUAUAUCUGGGUCGACCGUACUCUCUGCGCCGCCAUUGCUGCCUCUAUGUUUCUGUUUGGCGCCAAGCUGGCCAUGGCUCAGGCUAUGAUGUUGCUCAUGUCAUAUGGUGGUAUGGGUGGUAACGAGGGUGUGUCUUCGGUGGUGCGGGAGAUCGAGGCAGAGCCAGGCGUGGCUCGCAUCGAGGACGCGCAGUUUUGGCAGGUGCACUACGGACUGUGCAUGGCUAAUCUCAAGAUUUGUGUCGCCAAAGGUUGUGACGAGGGAGCCAUUAGCAAGCUACGCAGUCGCAUAUCUACUCUGAUUCAAAAUCGGCUUGGAGAAGGAUACGGACGCGGUACAAGCUUACGGUGGGAGGUGACUUUGCAGACGAGUGUUGAAGCGACCCUUUGA